GUUUAAGACUACAGCUGAGGUUUUCCCAUGUCCGAUCUUUUUUGCCUGCAUUUUGCCAUUUGGAUUUGAUUCAAUAAAGUUUAGUGAUAUUCUUUUGAAAUUGAAACCUUUAGUGAUGCAAUAGCACAAUUGACAGCAUGUUACUAAAAUGCAGUGUUUACCUCUGUUUUUAGUUUAUUCAGCUGUAAACCUGUGUGUAACGGAUAAGAAUGAGUUUAUUGUUUCUUUGGAUCAUGAUGCUACCCAUACCUCAUAGAAAGUUUGUACUGUAGCGAAAAGUUUAGUUUGUGGCGUUGGAGUGCCUACAUUUUGUGAGAUUACUCUAGCCGAACAAUAUUUCCAUGAAGCGGUGUUAUUUCUUGGUAUGUGUAUAAUAGUUCCAGGGUGCAGUAGUUGUGGCAUUCGAAAAAUUCAACCUGACUUCAAAGCUUCUCAUAAGACUGUGAUUCGAUUCAACAGUCCUUUGUUUCUCUCCAUCCUUGAAGUUUUUGUUUGUUUUUAUUUGAACAGUGAGACUGGUUUACCAGAAAUUCUUAAUGUACACAAUGCUAAUUUCAUAUGAACAGUAUACCCAUUAAUAUAGCUUAAAGGAAUACUCCAAGCAACAUAAUCACUCCAGCCUGCUGUAGUGGUUAUGGUAUCAGGAGUGCCCUGGCGCCGGCCUAGUGUAAUAUAUCCAACUGUUUUUUUUUUACAGUUUUACAACAUACUCAGUCUGUCUAUUACUACAGUAGAAGGCGGAACUCUCUAUUAGACCAAUCUAGGACCACACUCAUUGGCUGAGAUCGCAUACCUGUAUAGGCCUAACGGCCCAGGUUCACUUUCAGGAUGCACUUUAGUACAACACGGACAACUGCAACUCACCACUAGUUUAUCUGCUUCUCAAAACUAUACUCAUCACUCCGUUGUCCAUAACUAAUGUAUUUUUGCUUCUCGUAAAUUCCUUUGCUCAGUUUUGACUAAACGUGUUCUCCUUUCUGCUCCCUAUUAUUGGAACACCCUACCCUUCAGAUGUCUCCAAGCCAUCCCAACUUCAGUGUCAAACCCAAAUUGCUCUUACGCUGUACAUUACUUUACUGUGAUUUAUAUACUGAUUUCAUAUUUUGUUUAUUGCAGUAUUGUCACAAAUUGAUCAUCUUACUAUAUGUAUGCCCCCCACCCCCCAAUUCAAAUUUGGGUUGCUACUAAUUAAAUAACGUUUUAUUGUUUUUAGUAUUGAUUGUGUGUGUCCUGGUUUUGUGUUGAUGAGGGAGCUGUAUUAGUGUAUUUCAGGAGUCCUCAUCAUGCCAAGAAGGAUGCUAACGCCUCACAAGUCUGUUUUCUCUUACUCCCGGCCCCCAAAGUGGCUAAAUGGUCCAAUUACCAUGAACUCGGCCAGAUGUGGGUACCGCGUCUUUUCCGCUAACUCCAGCGCAGUGUGUAUGGAACUGGCCAAGAAAAUCACAGAGCGACUGGGUGUAGAACUGGGAAAAGCUGUUGUUUACCAAGAAACUAAUGGAGAAACCAGAGUUGAAAUUAAGGAAUCAGUCCGUGGCCAGGACAUUUUCAUAAUACAGACUAUCCCAAGGGAUGUCAACACUGCAAUAAUGGAACUUCUUAUCAUGGCUUAUGCUUUGAAGACAUCCUGUGCCAAAAAUAUCAUUGGUGUGAUUCCAUAUUUCCCGUAUAGCAAACAGAGCAAGAUGCGUAAGAGAGGCUCCAUUGUGUGCAAGCUGCUUGCAUCAAUGCUAUCCAAUGCAGGGCUAACACAUAUUAUCACUAUGGAUCUGCACCAAAAGGAGAUUCAGGGUUUCUUCAAUUUCCCUGUGGACAACCUGAGAGCCUCACCUUUCUUGCUUCAGUACAUACAGGAAGAGAUACAGGAUUACAGAAAUGCAGUCAUAGUUGCCAAGUCUCCUGAUGCAGCAAAGAGGGCACAGUCUUAUGCUGAACGCCUUCGACUCGGGCUUGCAGUGAUUCACGGGGAAGCUCAGUGCGCAGAGCUUGACAUGGCCGACGGGCGCCACUCUCCACCUACUGUGAAGAAUACUACCGUACAUCCAGGACUGGGGAUCCCUAGCAAACGCCAGCCUCCGUUUCCAGGCAUAGAACUGCCAAUGAUGAUUGCCAAAGAGAAGCCCCCGAUUAGUGUUGUAGGAGAUGUUGGGGGAAGAAUCGCUAUCAUAGUGGAUGACAUUAUUGAUGAAGUGGAGAGCUUUGUGGCUGCAGCGGAAAUUCUUAAGGAGAGAGGCGCAUACAAAAUCUUAGUGAUGGCAACCCAUGGGAUCCUGUCUGCAGACGCACCACACCUUAUAGAGGACUCCUCUAUUGAUGAGGUUGUAGUUACAAAUACCGUCCCCCAUGAAGUUCAGAAGCUACAGUGCUCCAAGAUCAAGACAGUGGACAUCAGUCUGAUCUUGUCAGAGGCCAUUCGGCGUAUACAUAAUGGAGAAUCUAUGUCCUAUCUGUUCCGUAACAUUACAAUGGAUGACUGAGUGUGGCUUUCCCCCUCAGCACCCAAAGGGACUGUGCGUCUUCUCUAAGCAGAUAAGGCAGAAUUUGCAAGGUAGUUGAAGGUGGACAGGAGUCUAGUAGCACCUAAAUUGAGCAUCAUCCUGUCUAAUUUUGCAUAUACACUACGGGCACUUUUACUUUACUGUCGGAUAUGGGGGACCACUGUACACCCUACCAAAACCGAGCAGUAGUGUAGAGCAGAAAUUAUGUGAUUGCAGGUAGGGGUUGGGGAUGUGGGAGCACGGGGUGAAGCAUUAGCUGUGAAGACCAACUUUGUCCAUCUAGAAGUGAUUCAUUAAUCUCUUGUCUACAACUUAACUCUAUCUAGCACUUUUGACCAUGACGGGUUAGAGAAGUUGUGAACAAUCCAUCAGCUCUGCCAUUUAAUCCGCCGUUACUGGCAAAAAACAGAAACCCACAACUAAUAUUAAUACAUAGCUGAUUAGAGAGUCCAUGGCAGCGAUUCACAUAGGAUUGCAGAUUGCAAACGUCUUCAAAUACAUGAAACAAAAAAUAUGCUCAUGUAAACAUUCAUGUACAUAGUUGCAUAUUGCGUUGGGUAUGAAAAGGUGUGUUUUCAUCUUGCGUAUUGAUUGUUGAGUACUGUAUACAUAGCCAUCGCAUGUUUCUAAGUAAACAGUGAAUGUAAUGGACAUAUUAUAAUUUCGAUAUGUUUGUAUAUAUCCAUCUGUACAAGAUACACACACACACACACCUACUGUAUAUACAUAGAUCAUUGUAUUAUGUAUGUAGUUUGUGUGUGUAUGUUUACAUGACACAUGCAUUGUACAUAUAUAUUCCCUGUAUAUAAGAUGAUGUCCAGGCCUGCCUCGGGUUGUGUUGUCCGUGCUAUCAGAAAGUUUCAAUGAGCCUCUUAUAAUUAGGACUCCCUAAAUAAAGUCAUUUGGCAUGAACAGCCAAAAACUGUCAAAA